AGAUAUGGAUAUAACAGGAAAAAAAAGGGUCACAGGACCAUGUCUGUGCCAUCGACAACAGCAGCUGUGUAUAUUUCCCGGCAAAAUUUCUGUAAUGGGGCGUGCAAAAAUGGCAAUGUAUUCCUAACAUCGGUCUCAUUUGCAUCGAAACAACGUAGAUUUUAUAUUAGAAGCUCUAGCGAUGGAGCAGCCGAGACUGCAGCAACUGAGGUAGAAGAUUCAGAGAAUUACAUUGAAGUUCCAGGAGGGCCUCCGUCUUUGAUUUCUGCUCUUAAUGUGGAGAGAGCUCUUCGUGGCAUACCGAUUACAGAUGUGGAUCACUAUGGCAGACUUGGGAUCCAAAGAAGAUCUUCAUAUGACGAGGUUACGGUUGCAUAUAAAAACAAGGUCGAUGAGCUCCUGAAUCAGGGGCUUGAUGAAGCAGAAGUCAGGGAAAAAAUAGAACUUCUAAAAGAAUCCUACACAAUUUUAUCCUCUAGAGAUGAGAGAAGAAUGUACGAUUGGAGCUUGGUCAGGAGUGAGAAACCAGAAAGAUACAUGUGGCCUUAUGAAGUGGACUUUACACCAACUGCACCUCCUCCGCCACAGGAACCAGAGGAUGAGGGACCGACAAGAUUGGUGGGAUACUUUGCACUGGCAUGGUUAGUCCUAGCCGUCACGUUAUCCGUUACCCUCAACAGAUAAAUUUGUAUGUAGCACUGUUUAAUGGUUUAUAAACAAUCUUGAUUCAUUAUCAAAUAUCAACUAUCCUCGUAAUAAGCUCCCUUUAAGGUGUGCUUGUCUUGUUAUAUGAAAUUAUAAAUAGAUAUAUACACAAAUUUAUUCA